UUGAAACUCAGCGUUUUAACACUUGAGAAGAAGCGCAUGAUUGUCUUCCCCAAUCCCACACCGUGUUAGGGUUUCUGAAAUCGAUUUGAGCUUCAAAAUAUGCAAUUUCCCAACCUCAAUUUGAAUUCAACGAGCCAUACAAUACUUCAUCGCUGAUUCGCGGUUAUAACUCGGCAAGCCCAAAGAGACUAUGGAUAGUGUCGUGCGUCCACUGCACCAUAUUUGUUCCUUCUCCUGAAUCAGUGAUCAAUUUCACAGUUCCAGUUUGUCUCACUUAAGUCUGGUUUUUCAUGGAUGGUGAUCAUAACAAGUUAGGUAAUGUGCAUGUAGAAAAUGUUGAUGUUGGACUUGAAACAUCCAAUAGUUUGGACUUGAAUGUGGAGCAAAAUAGUUGCAGCCCAAAUGUUCUUCACGCUAAUGGCUCUCAAACUCAAUCUGGUAGUGCAUCAGCAAAUGGCGGCUUUGUCAACACAGUGUUGGGCAUCGGUACGUUAUUUGAGUCUGAUGAACAUGCGUAUAGAUUCUAUAACAAGUAUGCUAGAUUGAUGGGGUUCAAUGUUAGAAAAGAUUGGAUUAAUAGGAGUAAGGUACAUGGUAUGGUGGUUUCUAGGAAAUUUACCUGCUCCAGAGAGGGAUAUCGUAGGAAAGACAAGAGAGAUUUUACUGUGAAGAAACAUCGGAAGGAGACGAGAACUGGCUGUUUGGCACACAUGAUCGUUACUCGUCAACAAGAUGGAAAAUACCAGGUUACGCAUUUUGAAGCACAACAUAAUCAUGAUGACAUAAAUCCAAUCAAUUCUAACAUGUUGUUACUAGAGUUGCAAAAUGAAUUUUGUGUUGCUCAAGCUGUGGAAGUUGACUCAUAUCAUAAUUUGGGACCCAAAUCUAGCUCAGCGUUAACUACGAUGAAUACAAAAUUAGGUGCACGUGAUUCUCUUGAUCAACUUUCCAUGAAUUAUGACAAUUAUCUUCAUUCUGUAAGGGAAAGAGAUAUGGGUAAAGGAGAAGCUGGGCGUUUGAUGGGUUAUUUUCAAAGGCAACAUUUUGAAAAUCCAACAUUUUUUUAUGCCGUACAGCUUGAUGUUGAUGACAAGGUAACCAAUCUUUUCUGGGCUGAUGACAAUAUGGUGGUAGAUUACGAUCAUUUUGGGGAUGUUGUUGGUUUGGAUACAACUUGCAGAACAAACAAAGCUUUUCGGCCAUUUGUACAGUUUUUAGGUGUUAAUCAUCACAAACAAGUAUUAAUAUUUGCUGCUGCUUUUUUGUAUGAUGAGACCAUCGAAUCAUUUAAUUGGCUGUUUCGAACUUUCAUUGGCGCAAUGUCUGGGAAAAAGCCUAAGGCCAUUAUCACAGAACAAGAUGCUGCAAUCAUCGAAGCAAUCAAUGCGGUUUUACCUGAAACAAACCGCUAUACAUGUGUUUGGCAGAUGUAUGAGAACACUCUUAAACAUCUCAGCCAUUUUGUUAAAGAUGUUGAAUCCUUUGCAAAUGAUCUAAGGAGUUGUAUAUAUGACCCCAAGGAUGAGGAAGAAUUUACUCAUGCUUGGGGGGUUAUGCUGGAGAAAUAUAAUCUCCAGCGAAAUGAAUGGUUGAGAUGGAUGUAUAGAGAAAGGGAGAAAUGGGCUGUUUGCUUUGGUCAGAAUAGAUUUUUUGUAGAUGUCAAAGGCUUUCAUUUAGGUGAGAUUUUGUCUCACAAGCUUAGAAGCUAUCUAAAUCCCGACCUUGAUGUAGUUCAAUAUCUUAACCAUUUUGAAAGGAUAGUGGAGGAGCAACGAUAUAAAGAAAUAGAAGCUAGUGAUGAAAUGAAGGGAUGUCUUCCAAAGCUAAUGGGUAAUGUGGUUGUGUUGAAACAUGCUAGUGUUGCUUAUACUCCAAGAGCAUUUGAAGUAUUUCAGCAACGAUAUGAGAAGUCUUUGAAUGUUAUUGUCAACCAGCACAAAAGAGAUGGAUAUUUGUUUGAGUAUAAAGUUAAUACAUAUGGGCAUGCUAGACAGUACACUGUCACCUUCAGUUCUUCAGAUAAUACAGUUGUCUGCAGUUGUAUGAAGUUUGAGCAUGUUGGUUUUCUUUGUAGCCAUGCACUAAAAGUUCUUGAUAAUAGAAACAUAAAAGUAGUUCCAUCUCGAUACAUCUUGAAGAGAUGGACAAAAGAUGCAAGGUUGGGUAAUAUCAGGGAGAUUAAGCAAUUUAAAAUGCAAGAUAACCCUAAGAUGGUUGUAGCAAGCUGUUACAAAGAUUUAUGCCACAGACUUGUCAAGUUAUCGGCAAGAGCUUCUGAAUCUGUGGAGGCUUAUCAGUUUGCUGUGAGGCAACUUGAUGAAGUUAUGGAAGGAGUGCAGAAAAUCUUGAUAUUGAAAAGCGAGGAAGCUCAAGUUAUCACCUCAAAUAGUAUUCAUGUAGAUGCUUCAGAAAGUGAGCCUGCAGUGAUCUUUCUGAAUGGACAUGCGACUGAGGAUCAGGAUGAAAGUAACAGAGUAAGCGAAGAAAUUGACAGGACCGCUACACCGGAUAGGUGCCAAAUAACGGUGAAUUAUAGUCAAACUGAUUCAGAUAGGAUUUUAAAUGUAGAACCUUCUUCAAAUACUGUUGUCUGCAUUUCAAGCCCCCCAUCUCCAUAUGUUUCAUCUCAACCAAAUCUCCUUUUGCAGGGCUUAUUCGGUUUUGAAACCAAUGAAGUGGUUCAAUGCAUGUAUGAACGGCCUGAUCUUGUGUUGGAUCAUCAAUCUAAUACUAACCUGUUCCAACCGCCAAUUUCUAACCAACACAGUUCUCCAUGCCUUUCUCAACUAUCGCAGGAGCCUAUAAUCCAAAACGCACACCAUGAGUCCGUACCAAGCAAUAAUCAGAUGCAACAGGGUAUGGAUCUUGAUAUCCAAAAUCCUCAUUCAGAAUCUUGUAUCCUGCUGUGUGACCAUAGAUACCGAAGUUCUGACUCUGCAUAAUGUAUCAGAGGAUCAUGGUCGAAACAUAUCCUGUAUAUGCCAUUAUUUUUGUUGUACAGUUGGGCUUGAUCUAGUCAAGUAGCCAUAACGCAAAAGCGUUGAAUAUGUAGUCAUCCUUCUUUUUUGUAAAUAACCAAAUAUUCACUGGUUCAUAUUAAAAGAUACUCCGUCUGGUCUUAAAUGUAUUUGAUCUAAAUUUGGAUCAAAUACAUUUUGACUUUUCUUUUGUUUAAGACCGGAGGGAGUAGAUACACAACUUCUGCAAUGGAAUCUCAAAUAGAAAUAGUACAAUUAAAAGACAGCUCCUGAUGAUGUUUUUACUUUGGGAAAUGUUAACGAGUCUUUUGGUUGCACUCUUUAAGAA